CUAUUGUUAGCGCCACAACGGCCGCCCUUGCUGCAUCAAGUAAGAGUCCAGCCAACCUUGUCCCCCUGAGAGGACCACCUCCAUUGCGAUGGUGCAAGACUGGGUCGCUUGCUUGACGUAGUGAUUGGACUUAGGUACUGGAAUCUCAUGAAUUAAACAGCCGAGUAUCCGUGUGCACCUGUCGCUCCCUGUUGCUUCUUCCCACUCCCUGCGCCGCUCCCCCUCACUUGGUGUAUGCCCUCCACCCUCUGUCUCCUAUGUCCCUUAGCUGUCGUCGCACAGGCACGCAAAGUCGUGUCGCACAGCAGCCUAGCACAACAUGGCCACCGAAACAAUACCCUCGUCGGCGGCGGCAGCCCCCAAGAUGUCCCGUUAUAGGAGUGUGAGGCGGGCGCAAGAACAGCAGACGCAGCAGCCAGGUCAAUACCAACAGGACCACACUUCGCCAGGCGUGCCAGGCGUGCCAGCAGUGCCUCCCAUGCCGGCCGUGUCCGAAAUGCAGCCCCAGAGCGAUGCGCCCAUCAGCAGAAGCAUGAGCCGCUACCACCGCCGACCAACUACCUCGCACGCGACCAGCCCGAAUCCCCCACCACUCCGCUCGAACACGGUUCAGGAUGCCCCUCCGCCCCUUCCCGCGCAACUACCGCCCUCUACACCCCGGAACCGUGCCUUGAGUUCGCCGUACCAAUCGUCGCAUUCCGCAAACACCGGCCAGCGUCGGCCCAGGACCGCUAGAACCCGCACAACAGAGGCCUCACCGCCUGUCUCCAACGCGCCGCGGCAGCAGUCGCUCAGAGGUGAUGACAGCGCGAGAGAGGUCUUGCAGCGGGAGAAGGAGAGACAGCGACAGCUCAAAGAAAGAUAUGAGGCAGAGGCGCGCGCACAGAAGCAGGCCAAGCAGGCCGAGCUGGAGAGAAUCGAAAGGACGCGACACGAAGAGGAGGAAGCUGCGCGCUUAGAGACUCAACGAGAGAUGGAAGAAGCCGAGGCCCUGCGCCGGCAGCGGGAAGAACAAAGAGCCGAACAAGAACGUGGCAGACGAUUACGAAAGGCCGAGAACCAGAAGGUCCUUCAACAACGGGAAGAGGGAGUUCGCAGGGCGAAGCUCGAAGAGAAGGAGCGGCAGGCGACCCUCACAAAGCUUGAGCAGAAGGCCCGAAAAGCUCCGUCUUCGUCCCCUCCAGUAUCGCCACCGCGGCAGCAGGAGACAGGAUUCGGAAUGUUCAAGAGGAGAAAGGAUGAGGCUUUGGGCCUAGAUGCCCCUGUGCAACAACCAGCUCCGCCACAACUGAGUCUUAAUCUUGGAGAGGAGGAAACUAUCAGACCCGGCGGAGGUGGCAUCGUUCUAGGCAUCGAUGCGCCGACAUCUGCUGUGAAUGCUGGCGAUAGACGCGUUAAAGUCGUGUGCAACGAGAAGCGCAUCCUGCUCCCUGUGACCCCAACCACCACACCCCUCGAUCUAAUCAAGUCAGCUGCCACGGUGCUCACAGACCCCAUCGACGUUCGCACAGCCGUCAUUUCCGAGCUCUUCACUAAAGUGAGCAUCACACGCCCCCUUCGCAACUACGAGUACGUGAGAGAUGUGAUGAACUCCUGGGAUUACGACAAUCAAAACGAACUCACCAUUAUUGACUCUGACGUCGACGGUAUCGACCAAGACAGCUUGCUCUCGUACAAGGUCCCUGACACUAGACCAGAGGGUGCCUCGUGCUUCAUCCAAUACUCAUCGAGACCUGGCAAGUGGAGUAAACGACUUCUCAUCCUUCGUCCGGAUGGACAACUAGUCAUGGCCAAGAACGAAAAGACAAAGGAAAAGGACCAGGAAAACAUCUGCACUCUCACAGACUACGACAUCUACUCGGUGACUCAGUCCAAGCUCGCACGGGUGAAGCCCCCAAAGAAGAUUUGCUACGCCGUCAAAAGUAUGCAAAAGUCCAACAUCUUUGCGGACGAAUCGCAGUAUGUCCACUUCUUCUGUACCAACGACCGAAACAUAGCGAACACGUUCUACACAGCAUUACAGACUUGGCGGAGCUGGUAUCUCAAACACCAGAAGGGUGAGGGUUUGAAGAAGAAGACCCAUGCGCAACGCAAUGUAUCCGGGACUGCCGAAGCCACACAGACGUCGUCGCAUUCAAGAGGAGAAUCAGUUGGGUCGCAUUAUCAGCUUGGUGCUUUCUCUUCCUUGCUCGACAUGGACAGUUUUAACAAGACUUUGGAUGAGAUUGAAGUUCACAAACCGGGAGAGUUCCCAGACGACAAACCUCUUUCCAAGCUCGAUAGUCGAGCAAUGCACUCGCGGAUGAAGUCCAUACGGGUAAAGCAACCACCCCCAGCCGCUUUUAGCAAGAGCGGUCUGGUCGCAGAAAGCACUUCACCGCCCAGUGGCCGCAGUCGAAGUGUUGAUCAGCAAGGCGAAGAGGCAUUUGCCUCGAGUGGCCUUCUUGGGCGAAGCUACACGCAACGUCAAGCCGCUCUACAGGCUCGUGAGCCGUCAGGCCCGUUCACAGAAGGACCGUCUCUGCUGAACAACAUGGGCCGUGUAGCCCAAGUAUCGUCCAACGACUCUGGUCUGAAGCGCAAUACCUCAGUCCGCAGCAAUCAUCACCGGCGGGCAUCCAGCGAUCUCCAACGUAGUGCUUCAAAGCGUGUACCUGGCAUGCCCGAGCCUUUGGUUGAUCUAACACCCCAGUACCGUCCGCCGCCGCAGCAUCUUAACAAGGGCAAAGGCUACAACCCAGGAGCCGGUGCCGGACCGUUGGUCGAAAGUGCAACGUCGAUCGAGGAAGCUAUCAAGGUCCCUUCGUCAACAGACUGGCGCGCCGGUCGUCCAGGUACAUCGCGAGCCGCUGGUGGCCACGAACGUACGCGCUCGCUCAAGGGUCGUGGCGAGCCAUUGGCUGCGUAUACACAAAACAACCAUCUCGGUGCUCCAGAGGAUGACAGUAAGGCGUUUACUGGAGGCGGUUUGCUAUCUCAAGCCGGCUACUCGCAGGGGAAGGACAUGGUGGGUAGGGGCGUUAUGGAUGGUAGUAAAGCCAAGGGCCCCAUGGUAAACCUAUCGUUGAACAACGAAUUCGCACAAGGCAGUUUGCUGAGUGCGCUGCCAAACGCUGCUCCGGUCAUCGAUCGGAGCGGUAAGUAGGGUCGUUUGCUUGCGGUGAGUCGCUCAUGGAUUGCUCGACAAGUGCCUUUUUAGCUUGGGUUCUUUUUGAUUCAUUAUUUCGUUUGUUGGCGUUGCGCGUUAAGCUCGAUAUCCAUUGCUUUGGCUGCAAUUCCGUAUUUUGCAUGUUUACGGCCUGGGUGGUAUCUGGUAUAAUAGAUUUAUAGAGGCCAUG